ACGUACAAGAGGAGAGUUCCAUUGUGAUGCUACAACUUAGUACACAAUAAUGACUUAUUGGUAAUUCUUUAACAGUUUCCACCUUCUAUAUACAUCUUUUUUUACACAUAUUGUUUGAAACAACCUUUUCAAUAAGAGAAACACAAGAAACCACCUUCAAUUCUAACAACAGAACAAACAUGGGAGAGAUUGAUCCAGCUUUUGUUCAAGGGCAAGAACACAGACGAAAACUCUCCAUCACUGAAGCCCAAGGAAUUCCCGAAAUUGACCUCUCCCCAUUAUUCCACCACCAACUUCCAAAUCCAUCUGCUAUAGAAGGCUUAGUGAAGGAGAUUGGAAGUGCAUGCAAGGAGUGGGGUUUCUUUCAAGUCACAAACCAUGGUGUCCCUCCGAGUCUUAGGCACAAACUCGACGAAGCUUCUAGAUUGUUCUUUGCUCAAAGUUUGGAAGAGAAGAAGAAGGUUGCAAGAGACGCAAUCACUCCAACUGGUUAUCAUGACACAGAACACACAAAAAACGUUAGAGACUGGAAAGAAGUGUUUGAUUUUCUUGCCAAAGAUCCUACUUUGGUUCCUCUAAAUUCCGACAAAAACGAUAGCCAAGUUAUUCAAUGGUCUAAUCCAUCUCCUCAAUACCCUCCACACUUCAGAGAUAUUAUUAAAGAGUAUAUAGAAGAGUUGGAAAAAUUAGCAUAUAAGUUGCUGGAACUUAUAGCUUUGAGCUUAGGAGUUGAUGCAAAGAGGUUUGAAGGAUUCUUCGAAGAUCAAACUAGCGUGUUUAGGCUCAAUCACUAUCCUCCAUGUCCUUACCCUCACCUAGCUCUUGGCCUUGGAAGACACAAGGAUGCUGGUGCCUUAACCAUUCUUUCCCAAGAUGAAGUUCAAGGUCUUGAAGUGUUGCGUAAAAUCGAUCAAGAAUGGGUUCUUGUGAAACCGAAUCCGAAUGCUUAUAUUAUUAACAUUGGUGAUCUCAUUCAGGUUUGGAGCAAUGAUGUGUAUGAGAGUGUGGAACAUAGAGUUAUAGUAAACUCGAAGAAAGAGAGAUUUUCAAAUCUCUUGGGUUUAUUUCCAUCACACUUCACUGAAGUGAAGCCAUUGGAGGAACUGAUAAAUGAAGAAAACCCUUCAAAGUAUAGAGCUUUCAACUGGGGCAAGUUUCUUGUUAAGAGAAAAAGUGGCAAUUUCAAGAAAAAAAAUGAAGAGAAUAUCCAAAUUUAUCACUAUAAGAUUACUUAAAAAUGGUAUAGUAUGUUGCAUGCAGAAGAUUCAUAUAUAAGGUUUAUCAUGCCUAGAAUAUCUAUCCAUCUUCUCCAUCGUUUCCAUUUUACUACUUGAGAAAUUUCAGAUAUUUUUCUCAUUAAAAUCUUGUUUUUGGCAUCACUGAAAUUUCUUUGGUGUAUAUUAACGGUAAUGAGAAAAGCUUCGGAAUAGAAAUAUAUAAUUUUUGUCAUCA